UUACAUAAGAUUUUGUCAGAAGCGCAUGGUUUGGCGCUUAUGGUAUAUCUUGUACUUAUAUAAAAUGCUGUUUCUCCCAGUCUCUGCGUGCGGACCAGUUAUAUCUUCACGAAGUAAAAAUGUUCAAAAUUAUUGUAUGUGUGCUUCUCACCUCCUUGUAUCAAGAAACUGGUGCCUAUUCUAUCGAUGACGAGAGUAAAUUACAAACAGAUUUAUUAACUGGUUACAAUAUCAACGUUCGACCGGCUGAUCAAGUUUUCGUUCAAUGUUCUCUUGCAAUAAACAAUUUGUUGUCACUGGAUAUUGUAGAUCAGACUUUAGCAGUUAUAGGAUCUUUGGUAGUCAUGUGGAAUGAUCAUCGCCUUUCAUGGAACAUAUCUCAGAAUGGAAACGUGUCUAACGUUUAUUUCAAAUCAGGUCAGAUAUGGAGACCUACACUUGCACUGAAAAACUCUUGUUUUUCAUGCAGUGCUUGGGGCCUUAUGUAUUUUGCUGUUCCGACGGAUUCCGGCGAGAAGUUGUCUUUUUGCUUUGACGUUGUUGUUGUCAUUGACAGUUAUGAUGACCUUGGUAGCGGAGAAAGAUACCGACAACGUCAUUACAGAUACCGACUUUGA